AUGUCAAUAUCACUUGAAUCAUAUUCACUUAGUGAAAAUAAUAGUAGUGAUACAGAUUCAAAACAAGAGAAUUUAGCGUUUGACGAGUUUAAACUUAUAGAUCAACUUGCAAAGAGUGCAGCAUUACAUUUAGGUCAAUUAGUAAACGAACAGAAAUUAUUAUCAACACAAGGUGUACUAAAAAAUGAAUUAAAAAAAGUUACAAAGAAAGAGUUAAAAGGUGCAUCAAAUGAGAGAGUAUUAGAUGCUAAAAAUAAGAUAAAGACAAUCAAUGAAUCAGAUUCAGUUUUACCAAAUAAAGUUAUUAAGAAACCAGUACAUGAGAAUAAGAAAUGGUUCGGUUUUGGUGAGGGUGAGAUAACAGAGGAGAUGAAAUUGGAGGCAGAGCUGAUAAGAUUGAAAUCGUUUGCAGAUAACACAAAGAAGCGUUCAAAAGACGCCACAAAAGAACUACCUAAAUACUUUGAAGUCGGUACUUUCAUCAAUAAUCACGAAGAUUACUAUAAUAGAUUUACAAACAGAGAAAAGAAGAGAGGUAAUCUCGGUGACAUUAUGGAAGAUGAAAAGGUUAUGAACUAUAUCGAUAGAAAGUCAUCAGAGAUCAUUGCAGCCGAUCAAGAAAAGAAGAAGGCACUCAGAGUCAGAGCAACAAAGAAGAAGAGACAUUAA